CUUCAACCUCACCACGCCAAUAUCUUGGCUUCGGCCACACGAGCCCCUUUCCACUUCCUUGUGCUGACGGGCAAAGCCAACUAGCAUCGUCUGUCAUCGCUCGCACAAACCUCUCGCCCCACGACCGAUCUCUGAGGCGGGAGCGACGCCCGUCCCCUGUGGCUCCCACAAUACACGACGAGGCGAGCGCACAAACCUCUCUUUCCAUCUCGUACCGUCCCGGCAUUGUGACCGUACCAAAGGGCACACACCCAUUGUCUCGGGGCUAUCCGCCCGAAGACGUUGCCUUGGCCAGCAUUUCUUCUUCAUCUAGCUUUUCACCGGCCAUGGACGACGACGACAACGCAGAGGCAUCAACGUCGAGAACCAUGCCAUCUCAACCGCCAGGAACAAUCAAGGACCUACCCGCCUUCUCAGACGUACUGCGUUCCUCGUCUCCAUCUCUUGCAUCGCCCGAGGAGGUCUUCUUCACUCCAAGAGCAGGCUCUCCCUUCUUCCCUACCAGCAUGUCCGCUCUCCCAGCCACUGCGAGCAAAGUCUCCCAUCGCGAUCCUUCCUCUUCCUCAUCCUCUCGCUCCAUUUCGCCAUCCAAUCUCCUACGCAAGCCCAUCUACGACGUCAAUUCAACUGCACCCAGCCGCCGUAGCACAGAUCCAGAGGCGCAGAGCGAUUCGAGCGAGUCGUCAUCCAAGACAGAGACGGCUAGCAUCGCUACCAUCACGCAGUCGCAGCGAGACAAACCUCUCCCGCCGUCGCCGCUGUCGAUAGAAGCAAUGUCAUCCCCACCACCAGCAGACGAGACGGUGACGGAAAGGUUGACGCAAUCUCGGGGUCUGGCCCCCGCCCUCGCUACCCUCGAUCUAUCUGCAGCGGCAUCUACUGCCCCAUCCCUGCUGCCAGCUCGACUGCGCCAGGGUCUCAUCGAGGAAGGCUUGUCCGAAGUGGCAGCCACGACUGAGCAGGAGCUCAUGGUUGGGAGAACAGAGCCGGAGGUGGCUUCUGCCCUCGCCGCAGUAGACGCUCUCGCUGCCGUCGACAUGACAGAUCGUCAAGCCUCGAGCUCCAGCGAUAUCAGCCGCACACCUUCGACGUCGACUACGGGGUCCAUCACUACGCAAAGUCAGAUUUCGACCGAGACGUCGCCCUCUACCGUAUCCAGCGAAGCAGCUGACGACCUCAAGACCGUUCGGCCGGACAGCAACGACCAAACGCCACCGAACUUGCUGUCCGAGAAGGACCUACAGUCCAAGCUGCGUCGCUACCACGCCCUGGUUGAAUUGGUUGAGACGGAGCAAUCGUACGCUCGCGAUCUCAGUGCGCUGGUGCACGUCUACAUGGAUUCACUCCACCUCCAGCAAUACUUUGAAGAUCAUCCGGCGCGCAUCGAAGUUGUGGUCCGCAACUCUCCCGAGCUGGCUCAACUGCACGCCGAGGUGGCAAUGGACCUUGAGCGCAUACUCGACGAGAACUGCAUCGGGCCUGGAGACGUCGGGAGUGAGAGCGAUAAAGCCGUCAGCCCUGGAGUCGAUGCAGCCAUCGUGGCAGUCGGAAGUUACUUUGCCAAGCUGGAUGGCAGACUGGUCCUCUACCAGGAGUUCUGCGCUCGUCAUGCAGAAGCGCUGGCCGUUAUCAGAGAGGCCGAGAAGAGACACAACGGAGAGGACUUUGCUGCAUUUGAACGACUGUGCGGUAACAUCUUGAGGAGUAGGCCGAGUCCAUCGCGCAACGCGUCUGUGACGGACCUUUCGAGACAGUACCACUCUCGCUCGGGCUCGUCGACUCCGGCGCGUGCGGUGACACCGCUGCCUAGUGGCCUUUCUCCCAUGACGCCAGCGACAGCUUCAGCUGAUGGAUCCGCUUCGAGCGAUUCGACCUUUUCUGCACGGCCAAGCGGGCGAUUGACGUUCGCAGACCUGCUCAUCAAGCCUAUUCAAAGGCUGUGUCUUUAUCCACUCGUGCUGCACACUCUUCUCAAGCACACAGGCGCAGAGGACGGCGGGCGCGACGAGCUCGAGGCGGCAUUGGUGACCGUGAAACGGGUGGCUGACGAAGUCGACGCAGCAGGCAGGCAACGCGAGCAAAUGCUCCUUGCCGAGUUGAUUGCAUCACGCGUCGAGGCACACGCUAUCAUCACCAAGCCACUCCUUGCAUCCAUGGGCUUCGUCUCGCUCUCCGGCACCCUUGACGUUCUCUACCACCAUGCCACCUUUUCGCCUCUCACGGCACCACUGCGAUUCCGCUUCCUGGGACUCUUCCUCUACAACGAAGGCCUGCUGAUGGUCAAGGUGCGCAAGGGCGGGGCAUACGAUCCAUUGCAUUGGUUUCCAUUGAGGGAUGCCGAGAUCAGCUCCGUGGAGGAAGACGAAGGAGUUCUGCCGCACGCAUUUAGGCUGAGCGUCAAGGGCCAGCAUCAUUUUGAACUUGCGGCGUCCAGCUCAAGGGAGAGGGCGUUGUGGGUGGAGAAAUUAAUGGCGGCCAUGGCGGCCGAUUCGCUCGAGGCGACGACGACGCUGGCCGAGGCCAAGGGCAGCAGCUUCCCCUCGAAUCUGCCCUGCCUGCGAGACCCUUCAUUAAGCUCUGCAAGUGACGCGAAGCGCGACCCUCUGAGCGAGUUUCUCGCUCAACAGAGCGCCUCGGCCAACUCGUCCGAGGUGCUAGUGCGGUACGCCACCCUCCCGCAGCGAGCCGUCAUCGAUCGGGGGAUGAUCUUCUCAGACUCUAUUCUGGGCGCCAGAGCUAUCACGCAGCAGGACGGAACUUUCACGCCAGGAGGGUCGAUCACCAAGUCGUCGGCGGGCAGUACAAAUACCACGCCUGGCGCCACUACUCCCGUCGCAGGCCUCACUGCAUGGCCAGCGAGCGCCUCUGCUUCUUCGACGUCCUCCCUCAGCGCCGCGGUCGGAGCCGCGAUGGGUUUGGCACGGGUGGCCAAGCGCACAAGCAGGCAGAGCAUCAACGCCAAUGUUUUUGAGAUGGCUGCGCACCAGCACGUGGCUGCAGAGGAGCAGAGGAUUGCAGCCGCGACGCGUGCGGAGGAGCUUGAAGCUGCCGCAGCAGCCGUGGCAAGUAGCAACACCGCUCGUCGCACAGGUCGCCCCACCCUCCGACCACAGUCGAUGAUUCUCGCCUUUGGGUCAAGCUCGAACGCAAAUUCGCCAAACUCUACGGCGCCCACAGCCCAGUCUCUUCAGUUUCCUUUUACGAGCACGAGCGGGUCGGAUGUUGUGCUCGACUCCCCGCCUACCACGCCCUUUGCGCACCUGAGUCAGCAGAGUAGCGAGGGAUCGGCAACGGGAACGGCCAUGUCUGCAGGUGGAAGCAUCUCGCGCCCGUCGUCGCCAAACAAAGGCCCCUCCCUACUUAGGAGAAGGCAGAGUGGAUUGCGAGAUGCCUUCUCCGGUACGUGGUCGAGGAGGGGACGAUCGCAGACGGCAGACGUCGUCGUCAGCGGGAGUGCUGGCGCAAGCAGCAGCAGUGGCGGCAGCAUGAGCGGGAGCAGCCCGUUUGGCCUUGGUGUCAGCCGCACUUCGCCAUCGCAACCUGCCUCGCCGCUGGGGUCGACCUUCGUGCUUGGGGACUCGGGACCAUCAGAAAUGGGCGUGGUUCGAGUGGCCUCACCUGAGGACGGUGCAGAUUCGACCCAGCAGCCUCCUCGCCCGCCCUCCUCGCUCAAGCGAGCUCUCACUGGCUUGACGGGGAGGCGGGAUCGAUCAAAGAGCGUGACGGACAUGCGACCUUCUAUUGGGCCUCUCGCACAAGCAGAGCCUGCAGCACGAUCUGCGUUCGAGAGCUCUGACAGGGCAGCGGCUCAACAGCAAGCUCAGACACAACCACGUCCCCCAUCCCGCGGUCAGCAUCGUCGUCGAACGAGCAGCACAUUUGGCAACAUGCUCGGCCUGAUGGGCCCACCGCUCGACUCUUUGCGGAGGUCUGGGAGCAUUUCGACGGGAAGGUGGGGAGGGUCUCAGUCUGCUAGCGCAAGCAGGAGGGGUAGCGUGGUAGAUGAGCAGCAACAGCAAGUCGCGCCUCAGCAGAUGGUCGACACGUUGGCCGCCAGCCGCCUAUCUAUGUCCUGCAUUAGAGAUCCUCCGCCAGCUUCACCAUCUUUGGCGGGUACCAUGCCCGCCAACUUCGCAGCGCGCAAUCGCUCACAGCCUUUCCUUGUCUCGAGGGAUGCGCAGCAGCAGCGGCAACAAAGCGCCAGCGCCAGUGAGGGCUCUCCAAACAGUCGCUCCCCGCAGUCAUUCGGACGAGCGGCAACGGAUACAGACCUCAUUACAGGGCCCAUCGUUCCAGCUCAGGAGGCGCGCAGCUCUCGUCCAUCUACACCGCGCUCCACUAGCAGUCCGCUGCAACGACAGGGGCCGGGUAGUAGAUUAAGCCAGUUCGGCAGCGACUUCCUGCAGGGAAUGACGGCUCGCUUCCCAGAUUCUUCGUCGUCCUCACUUGCAUCUUCGCGCUCGAAUCCCGGGUCGAGAAAUCACUCUAGGCGGAGCUCGGCAGCCAGUGUGGGCGAGGUUACCGGAGUCUCUGCGGCGGGCGCACCGACAACAGGACUCACUACGGGCAACGGGACGGUGACUUCUUCUUCGCCCUCUGGCAGCGGCUCAGGCUCGACGUUUCUUGCGCGUACCUUCAAUCAGCAGAGACGGAGCAAUCGGCUGUCGGCCUUGUUCUUGCCGCUGACCACGAGCGCGGGCGCUGGCAUCGGUGGUAGAGAAGGUGCCAGCGGUGGCAGCCUCCUGGGAUCAUCGGCCAACAGCAGUGCAACGAGCGUUGCAGCCGCUCAUCAGCAGCAGAACGGGCUUUCAUCAGGGCCUAAUUCGCCUCCGAUUCCACAGCGCAGAGGCAGCUUGGACCUCAGCGAGACGGCGACUCUCGCCCCUCCCCUGCACCUGCCCCUUUCGUCGACACGGCUGUCGCCGUCCUCGGCGUCGAACACUGGCCUCGCACCUGGGAAGGAGUUUGGCCUCCCUUCCCCGCUUGCGGAGCAAGAGGAGACUGAGAAUCCUUUCAAUUCGAUAGCGUUCCCACAGGGAAAAGAGGGCGAGGACGAAGAGGUGCAGGGUGAGAAAGGGCAGGAGCAGGGCGAGACGCGACAUGAGGAGAAGACUGAGCACGGCGCGACAGCAGGAACGACGGACGUGGGAGAGGAACAGUCAUGCGCGGCAGCCUAGCGAUUCUCAGCGACACAGGUGAGAUCAGCAAGGUGCGCCCGAAGGUUGCGGCGGCACCGCUUCCGAACACGAAUCACUUCCCUACCCACCCAAGACUUGUACAAAGAACAUUUGCUACCCCACCCACCCCCUGCCCCUCUCUACUGCGGCAUUGCCUGCUUCCAUCCAUUGCGAACAUUUUCUCGACGAUUGCGCUCGACACGAAGGACGUACUGUAUCAUCAUUCUCAUCAUCAUAAUCAUAAUCAUUAGCGCCGCAUUCGU